GAUAGAUAACAUUUGUACAUUGACUGAAGUGAGAGGAUACAUUUUUUAAAAGAUGCGUUUAGCCUGUUCAAUACUGGUAGCACUUGUGUGUGUGAGUGUUGUUAAAUCAGAUAAACAACCACACAUUGUUCUAAUACUAGCAGAGGAUCUUGGGUGGAAUGACGUAGGAUGGCACAACCCGGAUCUCAAGAUGCCCAUCCUCAAUCAACUCGCCGCUGACGGCGUUAUAUUCAACCAAUCAUACGUCCAGCCUGCAUGUACACCAUCAAGAUCUGCUCUAUUUACCGGUUAUUAUCCGUUCAAAAUUAAAAGACAGCAUCAAAUGCUGCUUAACCUUGAAGCUGACGGGCUUUCAUUAGAUCUUAAGACAUUGCCAGAAAUGUUGAAAGAUGUCGGGUAUCUAACUCAUCUUGUUGGAAAAUGGCAUUUAGGAUUUUGUAAGGAGGAGUAUCUUCCAAAUAAACGUGGCUUUGAUUCUUUCUAUGGAUGGCUGACAUUGGGAACCGAUCUAUAUACUAAAGAGAAUGUACUUGCUCCGGGGUAUGAUUUCCGCGACAACACGGGAGUGGUACAAGAAAGUGACACUUAUCUCCCAUUCAUGCUUGCUGAAAGAGCAGUAGAUAUAGUAAUGGGACAUUACAAGGAAUAUCCACUAUUUCUUGAGUUCAGUAUGGCCUUACCUGGAAAAUUUCUUGAGGUACCACAGGACUAUGAAGAUUUAUAUUCCGAUAUCGAUGAUGAUCGAACAAGGAAAUUUUAUGGUAUUUGUAAUUUAAACAUCGUUGUAUCUAAGAACACUAAAUUACCGAAUCGAAAGUUGUCUGCGAUGGACAAUUCAAUUGGCCUUUUGGUGGAGGCGUUGAAGACACGUGGGAUGUGGGACGAUACGCUAUUUAUAUUCACAUCUGACGUAAGUAAUCAAUUCCCGUUGUUGCAAAUCUAA